GAAAGGGGAGUAAUAAUAAGUUACCAAAUUGAUCCCAAAAUUCGUUCCAGAUUUCACCAUAGUCGGGCUGUGCAGUUCACGCGCCGCUAUACAUUGCGAUCAACUUUUUUACUCCUUAGCUUUCCUCCUCCGGACUAGACUCGACUCGAUCGGCUGAGACGCGGACCACCGCACAGGCAUGCACCUUCCUCUUCCUCACCGACUACGGAGAUAAUUUCUAUCUUGCUUUGAACUUUGUGGACUAUAAAUGGGUGAUUUGCGUAGGGGAAAAGGUGGUGGAGGUUCGUCUAAUCAUGAAAGGAAUAGGCAGACACUGUUUCCAAAACCAGAGACCUUGGAUUUUGACUUGUCCUGCGACACCACCUCUUACCCUCAGCAGCAGGAAAAUGCUGCUAGUUCUUCUGGAAGUCAAGUGAAAUCAUUGCUGACUGAGAUGGGAUUUUGCCCAACUCGUGUUCAGAAAGCAAUUGAUGAAAACGGUGAAGACGAUUUUGAAUUGUUAUUAGAGAUUCUCACUAAGAGUACUGUGACAGAACAUCCUGGACCCAGCCAUCAUGGUCUAAUGGAACCCAAACCGGAGCCUGGUAUUGAAUACGAAACCGAUGGUCGAAGGAUAGCACUACUAGCAAUGAAGUUUCCCGAAAAUCUAGUUGACCUUGCAUUGGAUAGGCUUGGUAAAGACGCGCCAGUCGAUGAGAUGGUGGACUUCAUUGCUGCUGCUCAAUUAGCUGAAAAGUUUGCGGAGGAAUCCGAAGACUCACUUGAUGGUGCUGAAAUAAAUGAAGAAGAUGAAAAUGUCGAUGAAGUUACUGCUCGGGGACCUGAGGUUCCCAAUGAACUAUUGUUUGAAACAAUGGACAAGACUUUGCAUUUAAUGGAAAUGGGAUUCUCUAACGAUGAAAUUUCAUUGGCAAUUGAGAAGAUAGGUACAAAAGGUCGGAUGUCUGACCUUGCUGAGUCCAUUGUUACUGGUGAAUUUCCUAGUGGCCGUGACCGUGACCGUGAAGAUAUAGAAAAGAAAGUUUCAGCGGCGGCUCCUGCAGUGAAUCGUACAUGUCUUUCAAAGAGUUGGAGAUUUAUUGGUGUUGCUGGGGGUUCGUCGACUGGCACUGCUAAUAUAAAACCAGAUCCUGGUAUUGACUCUUAUCCUUUCCCUGCCACUGCCAAUGCGGGAGAGACCUCAAAGGGUAAACGACCAAAAGAUGAGGAUGAGAAUGCCUACCCCGAUGAAUGCACUGACUACGAUGACAGAGGUAAACGGUUAAGAACCGAAUAUAUGGGAGACUCAAGCUCGUUUAUGGAUACCCCAUGGAUGCAAGAUGAGUCAAAAGAGGACACAUAUGAAUUUCCUAGAGUAAUGCAGCCACGUUUGUCUCAGAGUCUUGGCCCAAGUGUAGCCAAACGACCUUAUUUCUUCUAUGGAAACUUUGGUGAAUUAUCUCCUAGCUGGUGGUCGAAGAUCUCGUCUUUCAUGUUUGGAAUUCACCCAGAACAUGUAGAUACUCGGUUGUGUUCACCCCUCCGUAGGACAGAAGGGUACCUGCACAAUCUUCCCAUUCAAAACCGGUUCAAUAUCCUCCCAAAACCUCGGUUGACUAUACAAGAUGCUAUGCCACUAAUGAAGAGUUGGUGGCCACAAUGGGAUAUCAGAAAGCAUCUGAAUGGCGGCUCGUCUACUAGGACAAAAGAUGUAACUCUUCUCUGUGAACGAAUUGGACGCCGUAUAGCUGAAUGCAGGGGAAAGCCUAUUCAACAAGACCAGACUCUAAUACUUCGACAUUGUCACACCUCAAAUCUCAUAUGGAUUGCUCCAAACAUCCUCUCACCUGUGGAGCCUGAGCAUAUGGAGUGCAUUAUGGGAUAUCCAACAAACCACACAAACAUCGGUGGUGGAAGAUUGGCGGAAAGAUUAAAGUUGUUUGAUUACUGCUUCCAAACAGACACAUUGGGCUACCAUCUCUCUGUACUCAAGGCUAUGUUUCCUGAAGGAUUAACAGUUUUAUCUCUCUUUAGCGGGAUUGGUGGUGCAGAAAUUGCGUUGGACCGUCUUGGAAUCCAUCUAAAAGGCGUAGUCUCGGUAGAGUCUUGUGGAUUGAGCCGUAACAUACUGAAAAGAUGGUGGCAGACUUCGGGACAAACCGGAGAGCUUGUGCAGAUUGAAGACAUCAAGAACUUAACUACAAACAAGCUAGAGAAUUUGGUGCAGAGGUUUGAAGGAUUUGACUUUAUCAUUUGCCAGAGCCCAUCAACACCUCCUGAUCUCUCUAAAGAAACCUCAAGAAGAGAAGCUUCUGAAUUUGAUUACUCGUUGUUUAAUGAGUUUGUCCGUAUCUCGAAACGUGUCAGAGAUAUGAUGGAGUUAAGUUGAUGACUUUAAAGACUUCCCAUGGUUUGAAUCUCUUAGAGAACUGUUCUUUUGUAAUAAAAACGAUGCUUAGAUGUUCUUCCACCUUUUACAUGAAAAAAUCUUGACUCUUUACAA